AUGGGUAUCAAACAGCUGUUUCAAGUAAUCUCCGAAGAGGCACCAGAAGCUGUCAAAAAUGGCGAAAUCAAAAAUCACUUUGGCCGCAAGGUCGCGAUCGAUGCAUCAAUGAGCAUUUAUAGCUUUUUGAUUGCGGUAAGAUCAGAAGGUCAACAAUUGAUGUCCGACACGGGCGAAACCACGUCACAUCUGAUGGGAAUGUUCUACCGCACACUGCGUAUGGUCGACAACGGAAUCAAACCUCUUUUCGUCUUCGAUGGUGCUCCACCCAAGUUGAAGUCUGGAGAGCUAGCAAAGAGAUUCGCACGCAAGAACGAAGCUAAAGAGCAACACGAGGAAGCCAAAGAAACAGGCACGGCAGAGGAAGUCGAGCGAUUCUCCAGGAGAACAGUCAGAGUCACGAGGGAACACAAUCAAGAAUGCCAAAGACUCUUGAAACUGAUGGGCAUCCCAUAUAUUGUUGCUCCAACAGAAGCCGAGGCUCAGUGUGCUGUGCUUGCUCGAGCAGGCAAGGUCUAUGCCGCAGCUUCUGAGGACAUGGACACUCUGUGUUUCAACGCACCUAUUCUUCUUCGUCAUCUGACCUUCAGCGAACAGAGGAAGGAGCCCAUACAAGAGAUCCACCUAGAGAAAGCACUCGAAGGUCUACACAUGGAGCGAGAACAAUUCAUCGACAUGUGCAUUCUCCUUGGUUGUGACUAUGUCGAUCCUGUCCCCAAGAUUGGCCCCAACACUGCAUUGAAGCUUAUUCGAGAACAUGGCACCCUCGAGAAAGUUGUUGAAGCAAUUGAGAACGACCCGAAGAAGAAGUAUGUCAUGCCGGAAGAUUGGCCCUACCAAGAUGCACGAGAGCUUUUCCUGAACCCAGAUGUCAGAUCAGCUGACGAUCCGGAAUGUGACUUCAAAUGGGAAGCGCCUGAUGUUGAGGGAUUGGUGCAAUUCCUGGUUCACGAAAAGGGAUUCAAUGAGGAUCGAGUUCGAAAUUCUGCACAGAGGUUGACAAAGACCACCAAAGUUGCACAGCAAGCUCGUAUGGAAGGCUUCUUCAAACCAAUUCCAAAGACAGAGGAGGAAAAGGCCAGCUUGAAACGCAAACAUGAUGAGAAAGUUGCCGAAUCGAAGAAGAGAAAGAAGGAAGAUGCAAAGACCAAGAAGGACACGAAGUCCAAAGUACAUGGAGCAGCUUGA